CAUCCAUCAACCUAACAAGACCAAUCCAUCCUAAGACCGAUCCUUUCUUAGACUGAUCCUACCAUAGACCGAUUCAUCCAACAACCCGGUUCACAAUCAUGUCGAGUCAAUUCUCCCUCUUUCCAUUACUUCCACAAGAGAUCCAAGAUCUUAUUUGGAUCCAGGCCGCCAAGCGCGAGCCAAUGGCUCACUUUGCCACCCUGGAACUGCAAACAACUCCCCCCCGCCUCUUGUCUCCAAUCGAAGAUAAAGUCAACUAUUACCGGGCACCCCCGGAUAACCAAGAGGAUGCCUUGCUUCGUGCCUGUCGACGCUCUCGAUCGAUAGCCAAGACGGAGCGAAAAGAGUGGACGAUUACCGAGCCGUUCGACCUCGAUAAGGGGAAGACAUUACCAGCCCUUAAAAUAGAUGGGAAGCAUGAUCUUGUUCUUCUGACGCCCGGAUGGAGUCUUGCACUCCAACAACAACUUCCCGUGAUCCUGAAUGUACAUCCUAAGCUGCAUCUUCGUUUUCUUGGUGUACCCUGGUCGCCUAGAAUCGGGGACUGGGCUGUGGUCGGUCCGUGGCCACAGAGUAAAUCGAUUCAAGUGCUCGUCGCUGUUGCAUUCCAGCAACUCCGUGUUUUCUAUGUUCUCAUUAGCCCCGAAGACCUUCAACAAGCGUAUGGUACAAUGCCCCCCCGCAGAACAGAGGGAGACGCCAAUAGCUUUCGAUGUGGGAAUCGGGAGUUCUAUGAAGUAUCGGAGCCAUUGGGUCUGGAACGACCGCUCGGUCUGAGGGAACCUUUUAGAAUUGUGGACUAUAUGAGGAACUCCAGGCCCCUCGACAGGCGGAUUCCGACAGCCAUGAGUAUGUUGGAUGCAAGGCUUCUAACUUGGAGAGCAAUUAACUAGAUGGGGAUAGAUGGGGAGUUUGAAGGUCGAGGGUUUGGAAGCUAGAGCUUGCGGUUGGCACACCGGAACUCUAUCCCGGCAAAAUGUAAUCAUGAAACA